AUGGCCUUACCCGAAGUUAUUUGCGUGCGUGAUGUGGAAAAAUAUGCAAUAGCCCACCUAAAUAAAAAUGCAUUGGGUUACUAUGAUUCCGGAGCAGAUGAUGAGGAAACCUUAAAUGAUAACAUCAAUGCCUGUAAGAAACUACGGUUGAGACCGCGUAUGCUGGUUGAUGUAACUAAAGUCGACUGCAGUACGACAAUCCUUGGUCAGAAAAUUUCUUUUCCUGUAGGAAUAGCACCUUCUGCGAUGCAACGAAUGGCUCAUCCUGAUGGAGAAAUUGCUACUGUCAAAGCUGCUGAUUCUUUGAAGACUUGUAUGACUCUAAGUACACUAAGUACAACUAGUAUGGAAAGCGUUGCAGAAGCUUCACCAAAUACCUUGCGAUGGUUUCAGUUAUAUGUGGUAAAGGACCGCGAGAUAACGCGGCAAUUUGUUAAAAGGGCUGAAAUGUCUGGGUAUAAAGCGUUAGUAUUAACGGUUGAUGCACCAGUUUUAGGAAACAGAAGGAUAGAUGUUAGGAAUAGAUUUCACCUACCUCCGCAUCUCUCGCUUGGUAAUUUUGAGAAAGUAACCUUGCAUAUAGAAAAAAACAAGAAAAGCGACUCUGAAUUAUCGCGAUAUUUUGUAUCGGAAAUGGAUGCAUCAUUAACAUGGAAAGAUAUCACUUGGCUAAAGUCAAUUACCUCGCUUCCAGUUAUCGUAAAAGGUAUUUUAACUGCUGAAGAUGCUGAAAUGGCAGUCAGGGUUGGCGUCGAAGGUAUUUGGGUAUCAAAUCAUGGAGGAAGACAAUUGGAUGGAGUGCCAACUGCUAUUGAAGCCUUGCCAGAAAUUGUCAAAGCGGUAAAUAAUAGAGCAGAAAUCUAUGCAGAUGGAGGUUUUCGUACUGGUACGGAUGUAUUUAAAGCCAUCGCACUUGGAGCCCGAGCUGUAUUUGUUGGCAGGCCGAUACUAUGGGGACUCGUUUAUAAUGGACAGAAAGGUGUUGAGAAAGUUUUGCAGCUAUUGCAACAAGAAUUUCAUCGAACGAUGCAGUUAUCUGGUUGUGUUUCAAUCAAGGAUAUUAAAUCGUCAUUGAUAACCUAUGCUUCAAGCUAUAGUAAACUAUGA